GCGGAGCGUUGGGUGCCUUCUCGGAGGUUUGUCGCGCGCCUCAGAGGAAGGGCUGGAGGUGGCCGGACUGAGGGGAACGGGGUUGCUGCGUCUGGGAGCUCACGGAGAACCCGAGUUUUUUUUCUCUCGCGACUCAGAGGGGAUUGGGACGGAGGAAGAGUUGGACGAGAUAUGCCGGUACCUCUUGAUUGUUCAGGGGCUGAAUCUCAAUUAAGCCAUACUCCUCUGCCAGUGCCUGCCUUCUUCAGGGAAGCAGAAUGCAGUUUUUCAACCAAAAGGGCCCGCCAACCACUCAGCUAUACCCUUCCUCCUCGGCCGCGGCACAAGAGCACAAUAACUGUGAGCCGAAUUUUCUCUGACCGCCGUCUGCAGCCUUGGACCAAGCUCCAGCCACGCAGUGUUUCCUUCCAUGGCUCACACAAGCAGCAAUCACCUCUACAUAGUCAUCUGUAUGAUGCCUCUAAAAGGGAGCUGUUUUUCAGGCAGUGUUUCCAGAAACUGAGCUGUUUGGGACGAGGAUCUUUUGGGGAAGUAUACAAGGUACGGUCUCGUGAAGAUGGUCAGUUGUAUGCAGUGAAGCGCUCUGUGGAGCCUUUCCGGGGUGAGGGUGACAGGCAGCGCAAAUUGGCUGAGGUGCGCAAGCAUGAGCGUGUGGGACACCAUCCCAACUGUGUGAGCUUUGUGCAGGCCUGGGAGGAGCGUGGUCAACUGUACAUCCAGACAGAGUUGUGCCCAGGCACCCUGUUGCAGUACUGUGAGGAGUAUGGGCCCCUGUCCGAAUGGCAAGUUCAGGCCUUCCUCUGGGAUUUGCUUCAAGGACUGCACCAUUUACAUGAUCAUAACCUUCUACACAUGGAUGUCAAGCCAGCUAACAUCUUCCUAUCAUCUACCAAUGUCUGUAAGCUGGGCGACUUUGGGCUAAUGCUGGAGUUGGACUCUGGGGAUCUGAAUGAUGCUCAAGAAGGGGAUCCACGCUACAUGGCCCCGGAGUUGCUCCAUGGAGAAUAUACCAAGGCUGCUGAUGUCUUCAGUCUUGGCAUAACUAUCCUAGAAAUUGCCUGUAAUAUGGAGCUCCCCAAUGGAGGUGAAGGCUGGCAGCAGCUUCGGCAGGGUUAUCUGCCCCCUGAAUUCACUGCAGGUCUCUCUGUCGAGUUGCGAAAACUUCUAGUUGCCAUGCUGGAGCCCAAUCGUCUUCUCCGGCCCUCAGUGGAGAUGCUGCUUAGUUCUAAUCUCAUGCAGAAAACUGAGAGGUGGCGAAAACUGAUGUUGUUAGCACAAUCUGGGAUCCAGCAGGGAGUCUCCAUGUACAAGACCCUCCUCAGCUUCAUGCAGUGGUUUUGGGAAGCUCUGUGCAGUCCAGCUCAGUGGUUGCUCUUUUGGCAUCAGACUGUUCCAGCCACACCACCACAUUCACCCUUUCUCCUUCCCCUGGAAAACAGCAGUCUCUCUAGUGACUGGGGUGAAGAAGAUGAGGGUGAUGAAGAGAGCCUUGGUGAGGAUGUAUUUGAGCUCUCAGAGAUAAGCGAACGACAUAACCACACUUGCCCUGUGGAGCUGCAGUCUUCAGAUAAACAGCCUGGUUCCCCCCUGCUGACCAUAUGUCCAUGUGCAGGAAGCACUUCCACACCACGGCAUCCCUCACCCCAACAGACUAGUUGCAGGAAAAACAGGUCUUUUGCACUCCAGGGAAGUCCCAACCUUAGUUGCAUUCGUUUGGAGUCCCCAUACAACAGUCCCACUUCAUCAGACUUGUUACCUGUGAAUAGCUUGCAGCACACACUAGCAUAUGAUGAUGCAGAAGAUGAAUGGGAAUCAGUUUUACCUCAAUGCUCAAAUCAGUGCUCCACUUUUGAGCCAAAAAAUUUGUUAAGCUUAUUUGAGGACUCUCUGGCAUCUGAGCAAAAGUGUCAUUGCUGAUGGGGGAACUAUAUUUAUUUGCUGGUUUGCUUAGGCCCUUUUUUGGUACAUGAAGGGGUUCCUGCCAUUAGCAUUAUGCUAGAGGUCAGUAUGCUCAGAGGCACUGGGUUAUGACCAAGUUCAGUCUAGCAAAGGAGAGGCAAUAUUUGUAUGAAUGCUUCACUGUGUGUACAUUUUGUCUGCUUGAGUCAUAUAUAAUGCUGUUUUUGAGAUACCAAUUCUUGCCUUCAGAAUUUAAGAAUAGUAUUUGCUGGCAAUCAGUAGAAAGCAGAUCAUACUGUCUCACCAUUUAAGGGAAAAGGCAUCCUACUUUUAUAUGAAUUUGAGGAUUGAAUACAUUCUGUACACAUUUCUUUUUUAAGUUUUGUCCCCUUCUGUUUGUGUCCCAGAAAUUUGCUGCCGUUUGUGGGAUUGGGAGUCGGGACUGAAUAAUCUUUCAUUCUGGGGUUUUACAAAGGUGGCAGCUGUAAGUCAUAACAAUAAAAGCAUUCAGAAUUUC